AUGAAUCAGAUAGAUGUGACGUCAAAUUUGUGCCAGAAGAAGUUGUACAUAGAGCUCGGGGAGACUAAGAAUUUCAGCCAUAGUGCCUUUGCUGCAGCCUUCUCUGAACAUGACCUCACGUUUUGCAAAUAUGAAAUUGAAACUAAGCCAGGAAAUCUCAUCAGAGUGCAAAUAAAAAACAGGAUUCAGCUCAUGGCUGGAGCUUAUCACGAUGAUGACUGUUUGGACAACUAUAUCCAUGUAGGAAAUGAUCCAAGACGAGUGGGCGUCGAAAUGCUGACGUCUUACAAACUCUGCCGAACAACGACUGAACAAGAGAUUGUAUCAAGAGGAAACUAUGUUUGGUUGAUUGUGCGGAGCCUCGAGCCGUCAAUUUUUUCCUGGCUGCUCAUUCACUACCAGUCUCAGGUCAAAGUUUUAUGCAAUGCAACUGCCUUUCAAUGUUCUCCUGUCCAAUGCGUCCCAAAGACCGCAAUAUGCAACGGUAUACAGGACUGUGAUAACGGCCGAGAUGAAUACUGUGACUUGGGAUUCCAACAAAGGCAGACAUCAUCAGAAACUGAGCCGUGUUUUAUGUGUGAAGAUGGCUCCUGUAUCAAUCCUGUCCUUCCACGAUACAGUCUUGAUUGGGGAAAACACCUCUGGUAUCUCUGUGAUGAGUUUUCACACUGUCCAGACGGCACAGAUGAGAGGAAGGAUGUUUGUUAUCGCAUCAAAGGAAGGGCAUCAGCUUUAUUUCGAUGCACGCCCAAAGAUCGUAACAUGACAGCACACCUGUGGGACACGGUGUUAUGUGAUGGACAGCAGGACUGUGAGGGUGGGGAAGAUGAAUCACAUGACCUCUGCACCCCAGCAAUGGUAAAGCCAAGCACACAUUAA